GGGACCAUUACUAUGAUUGGUGUCACAAAUCUUUAAUUUAUUUAUGGACCAUACAUGAUAAGUAUUCUGUUUUGAUUGGUUUUUGGAACUGUUACUUUUUUAUUUCUGUCUUUUUGGGGCACACUGGAAUGGUAAGCUUGGACUGUGAAGUUUGCUAAAAUUGACUUGUUGAGAGUUACAUGUAACUAAACAUUAAAAAAUAGUAAUCAGUUUAAAUGAACUUCAAAAGGGUGUUUGGUUUUGAAAUUUAGGAACAAAUUUUAGUGAGGGGUUUGGUUUAAUUGUUGAGCCAAACAUCUAUUGAAAACAAACUUUCUAUUUUAAAUGUUUGUGUACAUGCUACCUUUUAUAGACCUAAUUUGUCAAAUUACACGAAAUAUGUUAUUGUUGUUGGUUUGGUUAAAUUGUGUGUUAGCUAAAAUAUUCAAGUGCUUUCAUUUUCUUACUCCACUUCUUUCUGGGGAUAAGAGGAUUAGUGUGGUAGCUUUUACUUCAAAGCACAAUAAUAAUGACAAGUGUGUUUGUUGAACAGCAUCUUUUUGAGAUAAUUCCAGUUAUUUGAAGUACAUUUUGGUCUAAAGGGUAAUCAAGAUUGCUAAAGAUGGUAAUCAUGAGGAGUAGACUCGCCUGCUGUACAAGAGAUAGAGAGAUCAGCAUUGACUUUGAUGAAAAUCAGAGAAUUACAACAUAUGAUGGUCUUGAAAGUAUUUUGAACAGUCAGCCGUAUGACAAUCAAAGUGUCACUAGCAGAGGUGAUGGAGGUGUUACAGAUUCCUUGGAUGAUGAUGACUCAAGCAGCAGUUCUAGCAAUAAUGUUUUUGGAUCUUUCUCGUCUCACUGGACAACAAUGAAGAGGGAUGAUCAGGGAUCCGAGGAGUGGGAUUUCUCAGCAAGCCCAAAACAUUACUAUGUAAAAGAAAAACCGAUUUAUACCACCCAGUUUUCUGAUUUGGAAACAAUGAAAGAAAAAUUUGCAAAGUUGUUGCUGGGGGAGGAUGUGACUGGAGGAAGCAAGGGGGUUUCCACUGCAUUAGCACUGUCAAAUGCCAUUACAAAUCUUGCAGCAUCAGUGUUUGGAGAACUUUGGAAAUUGGAGCCACUUGCGGAGGAUGGGAGAAGGAAAUGGAAGAGAGAAAUGGAGUGGUUGCUCUCUCCUACCAACCAUAUGAUUGAGUUGGUUCCUGCUAAACAAACUGGUUCUAAUGGCCAGAAAUUGGAGAUCAUGGUCCCAAAAGCUCGUGCAGAUAUCCAUAUGAAUCUUCCAGCACUUCAGAAGUUGGACUCCAUGCUUCUUGAAGCUCUGGAUUCAAUGGUUAAUACUGAGUUUUGGUACACGGAAGUGGGUAGCCGAGCAGAAGGAAGAAGUAGAAGUGCUGGGGAGAGCAAAAGGUGGUGGCUUCCGUCACCCCAGGUACCCAUAGCAGGGCUCUCUGACCCUGAAAGAAACAAAUUGUUGAAUCAGGGUAAAUUGGUGAAUCAAAUAUAUAAGGCAGCUAAAGCUAUCAACGAAAAUGUUUUGUCUGAGAUGCCUGUUCCAACAAUCAUUAAAGAUGCACUUCCAAAGUCUGGAAGGACAAGUCUUGGGGAGGACCUUUAUAGGAUCCUGAAUGCAGAAUCAACAUCAAUGGAGGAUAUGCUCAAUUUCCUUAAUGUAAGAUCUGAACACAAUGCCCUUGAAGCUGUUAACAGGUUGGAGGCUGCAAUACUUGCAUGGAAAGAGAAAGUAGCUGACCAUGUCUGUGGAAAAUCUCCAGCUCGAACAUCUUGGUCUUUCAAAAAAGAUCCAAUAUCUGAACUGGACAAGAUUGAGGUAUUAUCGAGCAGAGCAGAAGCUCUUCUGCAGCAACUCAAGAAUAAAUACCCAAACCUUCCUCAGACAUUCCUCAAUGUCACAAAGAUCCAAUAUGGCAAGGAUAUUGGGUGUUCAAUUCUUGAAGCAUACUCUCGUGUUCUGUUGAACUUGGCGUUCAGCAUCCUGACUAGGAUAGGAGAGAUUCUGCAAGAAGACAUUUUGAGCAAUCCCAAUUCGCCUGCGGCUUCAUGCCACCUUCCUGGCAUAAGAAUUGCAGGAUUGACAGAUAGUCCCAUAUCUAGUCGUGUGAGGCACUCGUUGAUUGAUCAGAUGAAUAAAACAGAUGGACGUUGUUGUGAUUCUCGUCGUACCAAUGCUUCUGAUAUAGAUAUUGAGUUUGCUGAUUCAAGAUUAAGUUCAGUAACAGCAACGCCAAGCCGAAGAGUGUGGUGCAUAGGCAGAAAAGCUUGUAGCAGCAUGUCUGCUGCAAACUCACCUUGAUAAGCAGAGUUUUAUUUUAUUAGUCUUUAUGUAGAUAUCUAUAUAAUAUCAUUUCCAUGUCAAAACAACAGCCUUAUAGCUUGAGGCUGAGUUUUCAUGGGUUAUCAUUGGAAACUUGCCCUCAUUUACAACAUACAAAUCGAGUUGAGCAUUAUCAAGCUCCCGUUUGAUUGUAGAUUCUAAAGUUGAAACUUGAAAAAGUAAACUUUUGAAGUUGUUAUUCUUAAAACUUGAAA